AUGCUUCCGGUCACUGCAUUCCUCGUCAUUGUGCGAACCGGAUGUGCAUUUCUAUUCAAUUCACAGACUGACAUUGCUCAUUGCUACGAGUUGGACUUGGAAAAUUGCUUUCGCGAGGCUUUUUUGGCUGCAAUACAUCCUCCGAUCAGAGGACGACGAGCAGCCCCACCAUUCCACUCAGCCAACGUCAGUGUCCUAGACAAACGGAAAGCAACUGACACGGCAAAUCUGAUGUUAUGCCAUGAUGUGCGCAGAUUCUCUCUAUGUUUCCACUAUCCAGGAUGUACUGAACAAGUUGCGGCCGCUAUUGCAUCCGUACAGUACCAUAUGGUCUUCGGUAAGAAAUUACCACUUCACGUCUUUCUUGCCUAUAAGGGCUAUGGUAGGCAGAUAUGUGAACAGACGUGUAAUCGAGAUGCGAUGUUGAUUUGUCGAAGGACAAUGACGGAUGAUGAGCAACAAAAAGAACAGGAUUACAUCAUGGAAGCUUCGACGAUUUCUCAAAGUUACAGUUUCGGUGGAGACGAGACGUGUGAUGAAUUCCGUAAAGUACUUAUCAAACUGGUUCGAUUCCGUGGUGAUUUUUGUGGUGAUCUAUCAAGAUGUACAUGUAGUGAAACACGAUGGGAGGCACCAACAUUACGAUGUGGAUUCGAUUGUGAUCAAAUUUGGAGAGAAGGCCUGUUUUCUGAAUCGGCUACCCCAAAAGUUGUGACAUAUUCUGCUAUACUUCUCCUAAUUCAAUUGUUUGUGUUAUAA